AGUGACGUUUGGGGAAAGGGCGGGGUCAGGUCGCGACAGCUCCGCAGUGUCCGGGCUCCGGCUCUGCGGACUCCUGCGGUCAUGUCGGCGCUGAGGCGGCUGGGCCCUUUCCUUCGCAAGGGAGGCCGGCGCUUUCUGGAGGGUCCGAGCGAGCGGACAGCUGGUCGCUGCAUCGGAGGAGUCCGGCAUGCUGGAGGUGGUGUCCACAUUCAACCUCGCUACCGGCAAUAUCCCCAACUGACAAAAUCUCAAGUGUUCCAAGCUGAGCUGUUAAGUGCCACAAUGUGGUUUUGGAUUCUCUGGCGUUUUUGGCAUGACUCAGAUGCUGUAUUGGGUCAUUUUCCAUAUCCAGAUCCUUCUAAAUGGACAGAUGAAGAAUUGGGUAUUCCCCCUGAUGAUGAAGACUAAAGCAUUGUCAUCACUGCUACAAGUAGGUGCUACCAAGCACCUCAUUUCCCAGUAAUUACAACUGCUAUUUAAAUUUAAAAAAAUGUUUAAUUGAUGUUCUUUUCUUUUUCAACAUCAUUGUCAUUUCACAAUAAAUAAUCCCCCUCCCCCAAUAGACUUUUUUUUUUUAAUUAACAAACUAUUGCAGUGAAGGAAAACACUUGGUUACAUCUUAAAAUGCCUUGUUUCAUAUCCGUAGAAAACCACCUUUAUUCAGAGAGGUUAGAGGCAUGUUCACCAUCAGUCCUCCAAAGUUAGGAUUAGACAGUGCAUUAAUCAGAGUUCUGAAGUCUUUCAAUGUUAUUUUCUUUUAUAUUAUUAUGCUCAUUUUGGAAACUGUCUUCCUGGUUCUGCUAUUUUUGCUCAAAAUUAGUUCAUACAACUCUCAGUUUUUCUGAAUUCUUUAGUCUCUUUAUGUUAACAAUAAUAUUCCAUUACAGUCGUAUAAUAUGGUUUGUUCAGCCACUUUACCAAUCAAUGGACAGUCAUUUUUCUAGUUCUUGGCUAUUACAAAAAGUACUGCUAUAAAUAUUUUUGUACAUAUGGGACCUUUCCCUUCUUCUUUGAUUUUCUUUGGGGUAUAUGUGUGUUAUCACUGGGUUAAAGGGGAUAUACAUUUUAGUGACU